GUAUAAAAUAGUAUGUCUGCUAUUUCAAUUCCCAUAAUUUCGUUGUCUUUCUUGUUCUUAUAACUUUAAACAAAAUCAAUCAUGUUUAUAUCUGAGAAGAGCUCUGCUGCGGCCACCGCCAAAGCUACUGCCAAGGCGAUACGAAAGAGGAACAAUCUUAACUCCGUUAAGUACUUUGCUGCUGCUAUGGCUGGGAUAACGGUCCUUUUUGUUAUAUCGAAAUGGAUUAGAUUUCUUUAUAUUCGGUACACACCAAGGAACAAAUCUAGACUCCUCAGAACAUCGAUUGCUAUCACAAGGGCUUCAAGAAAGAUUCUUGUACGAAAGAUUUGGGGAUUCACAUCAAUUGGACAGUUCAUCCUCUUCCUCACAUAUAUUGCAACAAUAUUUGCCGUUACCUUUACCAACAUAAACAAUUGGUCAACAUAUAAUAACUUUGCAAAGCGAUUAGGUUGGAUUUCUACAGCUCAUAUCGCCUUCAUCACUUUCUUAGCACUUAAGAAUACACCCCUCGCAUUUUUAACUGGGUACUCUUAUGAAAGUCUUAGAAUUCUUCAUCGUCUUGUAGGAUAUGGUACAAUUCUUUGGUCUAUGCUCCACGCCAUUUUUUAUAUCAUCGCCGAAGCACAGUCCGAUUCUUAUGAUAAACUGCUUGAAAAGAACCAAAUUUUCGGUAUAAUUGCUGGAAUUUCUAUGCUAUUAAUCUUUCUUACUUCUCUUCUUGUUUACAAGAUGCAGUAUGAAAUAUGGUAUAUCAUUCAUGUUUUGAUGUACCUACUCAUACUCAUCACGGUUGGAAUGCAUAGACCAGUGGUCUCUGAUCACACUUUAUACAUUAUAUUCGUUGCUUCAGGUUUAUGGUUUUAUGAUCGUGUCCUACGAUUCAUUAAGCUCUGUUACUUUUUUUUCGGAAAUUUUGUAACACUUACUCCGUUACCAGAUGGGGGUACUCGAAUUUUGAUGCGAAGAUCAUCCAAAUUAAUUAAACCAGGAACUCACGCCUUCUUAUGGAUUCCUGCUAUUCGUCAAAUGGAGACCCAUCCUUUCACUAUUUCUUCAGUCGAUGAUGCCGAGGGUAUCUCAUUCGUUGUAGCUGCUUGUGAUGGAUUCACAAAGGCCCUCCACACUUUGGCAGUGGAAAGUCCCGGUAUACAAAUUCGUGCCUCAAUUGAUGGUCCUUAUGGUUCCGUAGUAGACUUUUCACAAUAUGAUAAAGUUGUUUUCAUAGCUGGCGGAUCGGGUGGUAGUUUCACUUUCGGUGUUGCUCUUGAGACCAUGUGUGAAGUUGCAAAGAAGAAUGCAGUUUCAGCUAGUACUAUUGUCGAAUUCAUAUGGGUUGUUCGAGAAGAAGACUCCAUCGGCUGGUUUAGUUCUCAGUUACAAGAGCUUAAUUCUUCACCCAAUGUCACCGUUCGGCUUUUCUGCACAAGAAAUGUUACAAAUAGGGUUUUCAAUGCAUCUUCGAAUGGAAGCUCGCGCAAUAUUUUCGGAGAGAAAGAUCUCGAAUCACCAACUAUAGCUUCUCCAUCUAUUGAAGGUAGUGAUGAAAAGUCGUCUUGGAAACUCGGAGAUGUGGAAAAAGUUACGACUACAAGUGAAGCUAAUCUCAUAAACAAUGCCGGAGAUAAGUCUAUGAUGAUACAAAGUGGUCGACCAGAGAUAUUAAAAAUAAUUCAGAAUGUUGUAGAAGAAUGUGAUGGUAGUCAAAGAGUAGCAGUUGUUGCUUGCGGUCCUGGUUCCUUGAUGGACGCCACAAGAUUGGCGAUUUCGAAAUGUAUCAAGGUAAAUGGACCAAGUUUAGAGUAUCAUAGUGAAGAAUUUGGAUGGUGACGGGGAAAGUUUUCGCGGGAUAAAUUCACUCAUUUA